AUGACUCUGCCUCAGUGUGUGGGGCAGAAGAUGGAGAUGCAGGCUGGAGCUCACCCCCCUCCACCCUGGUCUUCCUGCCCAGGGAUGGAGCCUCUCCCCUGGGCUCGUCUGCCACGCAUUCCCUCUGCCCUGGAGCAAGAGACGCAAAUGGGCCAGGGCAAUGGAGAGGAGAGGCGGAGGAGGAAGAGAGGAGGGGAAAUCCUGUACCAAACCGACGGCUCUGCUUAUGUCCUGGAGAGCAGAGAGGGCACGCCCGAAUUUUUGCUCUCCUCUCUCUCGUCCUCCCCUCACACCUCUAUCAUCAACACCUGUCACAUUUCCUCCUCCAUUCUGCACCGCCGCUCUCCGGCCACGCCCCUUCCCGCCUCCGGCCCGGCCCUCCACAGCUUCCGUGUCUUCCGUCUGGGUCAACGCGACGACACAGACCGCCCGACGACCGGCGACAGCCCCCGUUCGGUGUCCCGCCAAUCCAAAGAUAGCUUUCCUGACGAGGCGGGACAUUCUGGAACCAGGGGGCAGCCGCCGAUUGGUCGGAGCGGAAACCGCCCGGUCCUGAUGUGCUUCCUGUGCCGUUUGUCGUUUGGCCACGCCCGGUCAUUCAUAAGCCACGCCUCUCAGAGGCACUCCGUCACCCUUAGCGACGAGGAACGGCACUUGCUCUCCUGCAGCGACACCUUGUCCGUUCUGCAGCCCGUGGGUCCGGGCGAACCGCCGCUCCUCGGCUUCCUGGAACCAAAAAACAGCAGCGAGCCCUCUCCAACUCCCCAAAUGACGUCUGUGCCCCUUGAGGGACGUAGCUUGCCGGGUGGCAAAGACGGCACGGACACGCAGCAGGCCUCUCUGCGGCACUGCCCUCUCACAGUGGGGGUGCAAAACGCACCCCAAAACCCCACGCCUACCUCAGCACCACACCCCGCCAAAGAUCCCCAAACUCUCCACCAGGCGCCAGGGAGAGAGGGCAGUCAGAGAAGGGAGGAUGUGGAGGGAUGGAAGACGGAUAGAGGGAUGGGGAGAGAGGGAGGGGAGAGUUUGAGUUGUUUCGAGCGCAGCAGCAGCGAGGAGGCUGCUUUCACAAACCAAAGCAUUUCCAAAUCUCUGUCUGUUUUGUCUUGUCCAAACCUUGUCCAGCCUUCCAAUAGCAACAGAACAGCAACGAGCUUUACAGACAACACCAAAUCUCACAUGGGCUCUGAGUCGCAGUGCCAGAGAACCAGCUUUAACUGCCCCGCGCCCUCAUUCCCCAUCGCGGUGACCCCAGAGAAAGGCACUGCCGCCAGGGAUUAUGGGACGGAAUGUUCUCCCAGCCCCGCCCCUUCCUUUAGGCCAGCCACGGACGAAUGUGCCAACCAAGAGAAUGCCACGGCAACAACACAACCAAAUGACGUGUCAGAGAGAGGCAACGCCAUAGCAACGGAACCAAACGAUCCUGCGGAGAUGGAAGAAGAUGAACAGGCUGGCAGUCAAACAUGGCAAGCCAAUCACCCUCUCAGCCACCUGCGUGGCCACACCUCUGUCCCUCCCCAGAGCCAGUCCAGCCUACCUGGAUUUGAAGAGGGCCCUUCAGACACAGGAUCAGGAGGUUUAGGUGGUUCUGGAGGUUUGGUUGUCAUGGGAGACAGCGUGCCAAGUUCGUCCUAUUCUCUCGGAGGUUCCGUGACGGUAAUGCAGUCGCGCAACUCCUGCAAGACGCUAAAGUGCCCAAAGUGUAACUGGCACUACAAGUACCAGCAGACGCUUGAGGCCCACAUGAAGGAGAAGCACACGGAGUCGGACAGCGGGCAGUGCCCUUACUGCAGCACUGGGCAAAGUCAUCCGCGCCUGGCACGGGGAGAGACCUACACCUGUGGGUACAAACCUUUCCGCUGCCAGGUGUGUCAGUACUCCACCACCACCAAGGGCAACCUGAGCAUCCACAUGCAGUCCGACAAACACCUCCACAACAUGCAGAACCUCCAGGGCGGCUCGGAACCUGCGUUCACACACGCUCACGCACAAGCUCUGCCGAGCGGAGGCUCCGCCCCCUGUCCGACUCCAACAAACGCCCUGCAUCCACCUCACGCACACCCGCCCCCUCACCCCACCCAGGCCACGCCCCAGGUGGGCGGGACCUGCAGCUCCCCCUCCCCUUCGAAGCCAACACGCGGUCGAGCCGCGUGGCGCUGUGAGGUCUGUGACUACGAGACAAACGUGGCGCGUAACCUGCGCAUCCACAUGACCAGCGAGAAGCACACGCACAACAUCCUGCUGCUGCAGCAGAACCUGGCACACCUGCAGCGCCAGCGCGGGGUGGCACGUCUCGCCCCGCAUGACACAGACCUGUACCACUACUACCUGUCCCAGACCGGACCGCCGUCUGACCGCAAACCGAACCCUGACGCUCCCCGGGCCUCCCGGCCGACGGAGGCUCGUCAGAGAGCGUCCAGACAGGGGCUGUUUGACUGUGGACUUUGCGGCCGUUUCUCCUCCGACAGCCUGGAGGGCGUGAGCCAGCACCUGGCCACGCCCCGCUCGCUCCCAGAAGCCGAGUGGAGGAGCACAGCGGGUGAUGCCCACCUGUGCAGGCUGUGCCAGUAUGCCACGCCCCUGCGUGCCAACUUCCAGCUGCACUGUCAGACGGACAAGCAUCUGCAGCGUUACCAACUGGCUGCUCACCUGCGUGAGGCUGCCGCCCAUCGUCAUGGAAACAGUGAGGAAGAGGAUGAGGAGGAGGAAGAGUGGAGGCUCAGGUGUGUGGCUGGGGGCAGCCCAGUACAGCUCAGGUGCAAUGUGUGUGACUACGACACAAGCAGUCUGGAGAAACUGAAACUACACACCGUGAGCUCCAGGCACGACGCAAACCUCAGACUCUAUAAGUAUUUACUCCAGUUGGACAGUGUGAGGUCGGAUGGCGACUGGCUCCACUGUGUUCUGUGCGAUUACUCCGCCCACAGCACCCUCACUAUGGUGCAGCAUUCCCAUUCGCUGAGCCACCAGAGAGGGGAGGGGCUUCGCAAGCUUCAGCGAAUCCAAAACGGCCUCCAAGCUGAAGAGGAGGAGAUUAGCGCUGUCUUCACCAUCAGAAAAUGUCCCGUUCAAGACAAAGGAGAGCUGAAUGAGGUGGAACUGGCUGAUGACAGCAGCGCAGACCAGGAGGACCAAACCAAAGAGGCAGACCAAGGGGGGGGGAAAGAGAUUGCCACAGGACAAGGGCUCUCUCUGGUUAAGGAUAGGGAACAGACUGCGUCCUCUCCCCGACCCAAACAUGCUCUCUCUGGGCCAGACGAGACUGACACACUGACCCCAUCCUCCAAACACCCACGAAGCGAGGAGGAAGAGGGUGAUGAAGAGGAGACUGGAGUUGAACAGAUGCUGCAGUGUCCGUUCUGUCAUUUUUGUCAUGUGGAUGUUGAGCACUUGAGAAGUCAUGUGAUGACCCAGCAUGCUGUUCAGCCGACUCUGCGCUGUCCACUUUGCCAGGAAACACUGCGCAGCGUCUCACACCUGCGCACACACCUCAUGCACCUGCACAGCGUCACAGCAGAAUGUACACAGAAACUCAUUAACACGGUGAUUGCGUCAGAUGUGCUGCCAGACAGCUUGUUCCAGCCGGUGCCGGGUUCUGGAGGAGACGGCCCCAAAGUCCAGAAGACCGCAGCAGACCUCAGCUCAAAUGGCACAGCAAAGCCGACUGAUUCACAGGUGGACACUGAGAACAGGGCACCAUCUCCAUCUGAUGGGUUUAAGCCCAGUCAGUCCCCCCUGGACGAUGUUGAAUCCACCAAGGAAAACACUGCUACUUUCCCUUGUUGUCAUAAGGGCUGUAACAAAGUCUUCACGACUUCCAGCGCCUUGCAAACACACUUCAACCAAACCCACAACCAGCUGCUCCAGAUGCCCAUUUCUGACCGACAUGUCUAUAAGUAUCGUUGCAACCAGUGCAGCCUAGCCUUCAAAACGCCCGAAAAGCUACAACUGCACUCCCAGUACCAUGCUAUCAGGGCAGCCACCAUGUGCUGCCUUUGCCAACGCAGUUUCCGCAGCCUGCAGGCUCUGCGGCGCCACCUAGAGACCAGCCACCUGGAGCUGAGUGACACCCAGGUACAACAGCUGUAUGGUGGAAUUCUGACAAACGGAGAUGGCCUGGGUUCAGGUGAUCUGGGAUUCAGUGAGGAGCAAGGUGCACCUGGAGAUGAUGGGCCAAAGGAAGAAGAAGAGAGUGACCCAGAGGAGAAACCAAGCCCCACUGGCACUGACUCUGCUUUGAUUCCAGAUGAAUCUGCGCCCGAUCCAAAGCAUUCCAUCCUGCCGCUCCGAAAAGGCCCAAACCUCACCAUGGAAAAGUUCCUGGAUCCAUUAAGACCUUUCAAAUGCACCGUGUGCAAGGAGUCUUUCACACAGAAGAACAUACUUUUGGUUCACUAUAACUCAGUUUCACACUUGCACAAGGUUAAGCGUUCCCUACAGGACUCCUCGGCAGGCUUGAUGGAAUCAGUCAGUAGCACAGAUCACAAACCAUUCAAGUGCAGCAUUUGCAAUGUAGCUUACAGCCAGAGCUCAACACUAGAAAUACAUAUGCGCUCUGUCCUACACCAAACAAAAGCUCGUGCAGCCAAACACGAUCCCUCUGGGUCAGGUACCACCUCAGGCAGCCCUGUGCAAGGCAAGGUGGUUAGUUCCACAGGCAGCCUAACCUCUGGAGCUCCUUCAGCCCUAAAAUCCAUGACUUCAACCAAAAACACUAGCUUUACUUCUCCAGCCCUUGGCCAAACUCAGCUGAGCCAGCAACUGAACACUAAAAACCAUGUUUCUUCAGCAAACUCAGCCACUGCAAGUCCAUCCCUAUCAGAGAAUAGUGAUGCCAAGAGAAAGAUUUUGGCAGACAUCAUAGCCUCCACAGCCCAGCAGCAACAAAAAUUGUUAAAACAGCAGCAGCUGCAGCAACAACAACAGCAGUUAGCUCAAGCUCAGGCCCAACUGCAGCAGGACCUCCAACAGAAAGCAGCCCUGCUUCAGUCCCACCUCUUCAACCCGGCACUUUUACAGCACUUCCCUGUGGCAACAGAGGCUCUCCUGCCACUGCAACAGCAGCAACUGCUUCUGCCUUUCCUCCUCCCUGGUGGAGAGUUCCAUUUAAACCCAGAGCUAAAGCUCAAGACCUCGGGCCUUAAUAUCAGCCCAGCCAAGCUCUCUCCAUCUACUGUUCCCUCUGAGUCAUCAAAGACAGAUGAUCCGAACUCUCGGCUCCAGCAGCAGAAGAAGGGAGGAGAUGCAGUCCAGUUUGCCCCAGCAGCACACCUUGAGAUGACUGCACCUGAUCUCAAAGCUGAAAGAAAGAUCCGCACUCCUCAAAGUGAGAACAGCAGGGAUGGACACAGUGAGAAAGAGAUAUCUGAGAAAAAAGAUAACCUGAGCUCUGAAGAGAGACCAAAUGGUGUAACAGCUGAAGAUGCAGAAGAAUUGCUUGAAGGAUCACAUGUUAGUGGAGAGAAUUACCAAGGGUUCCCUCUACCAAGAAUUGCUUAUGAUGCACCAGGAAAUGCCUCAAGAGCUCUGCUUGAAAACAUUGGCUUUGAGCUUGUCAUACAGUUUAAUGAAAACAAACAGCAUGGUCAAAGUAAGCCAGCUGCAGUGGGGCCAGAUGGGCAAGAUGCCAAAGAGGCAAACAAUUUAGAUGUAUUUCAAAAGCUCAGUUGUGAGACCUGCGGAAAGCUCUUCUCGAAUGCACUGAUUCUAAAAACCCACCAGGAACACAUUCACCAGGCCAUCUUCCCCAUACAGUCAUUGGAGAGAUUUGCCAAAGACUACAGAGAACAAUAUGACAAACUUUUCCCCUUGAGACCUACAUCCCCUGAAGCUACUCCAGCCCCACCCUCUCCUACCCAGCCUCCCCCUGUCCCACCACCUCCUCCAGCUCCACCUCAAACCCAGUCAAUUAAACCACCAUCAACAUCAAGUAUUCCUGCCUGUAUGACCUCUGCCAGUUCCGCUAAAGUUUCCGCUCUACAGGCCGAAGCUCCGAUGGCUCCAGUUCCCUUACCCAUGGACCUACCACUAUUUCCUCCACUCGUGAUGCAUCCAGUACCCAUCCCAUCUCUCCCCCCCCAGGUCCCAGUUCAGCAGCCACCUUUAGAUGUUCCUCUUAACCAAGACCUUGCCCAUCUUUAUCAGUCACAGCUGACCCCUGCCAUGCUGCAGCAGCAGGGCAAGAGGCCGCGGACCAGGAUCACAGACGAACAGCUAACGAUUCUGCGCCAGUACUUCAACAUCAACAACUCCCCAAAUGAGGAUCAAAUCCUGGAAAUGGCCAACAAGUCUGGCCUGCCACACAAAGUAAUAAAGCACUGGUUCCGGAAUACCCUGUUCAAGGAGCGCCAACGCAACAAAGACUCGCCGUACAACUUCAACAAUCCACCUAUUACCACACUAGAAGAUGUAAAAGUGGACCCCAGGCCACCCUCUCCUGAAAAUCUGAGGCAGGAGAACUACGGUGGCAAGAGGUGUUCAAGGACCAGGUUUAGUGAUUAUCAGCUGAGGGUCCUGCAGGAUUUCUUUGAUGCCAAUGCGUACCCGAAAGAUGAUGAAUUUGAGCAGCUUUCCAGCCUCUUGAGUCUGUCUACACGCGUGAUUGUGGUAUGGUUUCAAAAUGCUCGUCAGAAAGCCCGAAAGAACUACGAGAACCAAGGAGAUGGCAGCAAAGAAGGAGAACGCAGAGAGCUUUCUAAUGACCGCUACAUCCGCACUUCCAGCAACAACUAUGAGUGCAAGAAGUGCAGCAUGGUCUUCCAACGUAUUUUUGAUCUCAUUAACCAUCAGAAAAGGCUGUGCUACAGGGAUGAGGAUGAGGAUACGCACUACGAUAGCCAAAGUGAAGAUUCCGCAGACAACAAACAUGACGACUACAGCCCGUUUGGAUCGUCAUGCCUUACGCCAACACCCUCCUGCUCUGGCCUGUCAGGCACCACUGAACUCAACACCAUUGCCAAUGCCAAGUCCCCUGUUGAAGAGCUCUCACAAACAGUUAAUGCCUCAGAUACCAACACUGAGAAACUCUGUCCAUCAGCUGAGGCAUCCAGUGAGUUGCAGCUGGAUAAUAGCACUGGAAGUGAAAAGCCACACACACAGACAGAGCAGCCAAAGCUUCCUUGUGAAGAAAAGCACCAGACCCAUCCAAAGACUCCCAGAAUUCACUCUCCACCCACUUCCCAUCAACAGCAGCACCCGAACCCACCUGUGUCCCAGACAAGCCCAGUGCCAUCAACAGUUCCCCUAACCAGUAUCAAUUCCUUGGUCACUCCUGGCCCUCUGCAGAAGCUUCCCCAGCAGGUGACACCAUACCACUGCAUCCAGUGUAAGGUGAGCUUUCCCUCUUUUGAGCAUUGGCAGGAGCACCAGCAGCUGCAUUUUCUUGCAGCUCAAAAUCAGUUUAUUCCCCCACAGUUCCUCGAUCGCCCUCUGGACAUCCCGUUCGUGAUGUUUGAUCCCACUAAUCCUCUCCUGACAAGUCAGCUGCUUUCUGGAGCUUUUCCGCAGAUUCCUACAAAUGCCCCGUCUUCUCCUGCCAUCCCUGACUCCUUGAACACCAUAAAUUCCUUGAAGAGAAAACUGGAAGAGAAAGCAGGUUCUAGUAUGGACAAUGACUGGGAUAAUAAUGGAGAGGAGCCACAGCGAGACAAACGCAUGAGGACCACCAUCACUCCAGAACAGCUGGAAGUUCUAUACCAGAAGUACCUGCUGGAUUCCAACCCAACCCGCAAAAUGCUUGACCACAUAUCUAGUGAGGUGGGCUUGAAGAAAAGAGUAGUUCAAGUGUGGUUUCAAAACACCAGGGCUCGUGAAAGGAAAGGCCAGUUUCGAGCUCUUGGUCCAGCUCAAGCUCAUCGCCGCUGCCCCUUCUGUCGAGCUCUUUUCAAAGCUCAAACUGCUCUGGAUGCCCAUAUUCGUUCCCGCCACUGGCAUGAGGCCAAAAGUACUGGGUACACCUUGCCAGUCUCCUUUAUGCCUCAGGAUCAGGAAGAUUCACAAGUCAAGAUGGACCCCCUUGAUUUUUCCAGUUACUCUCACUUUUCCAACUUAAACAAUAAUUUAAUUAAUUUAAGCAGUAGUGAUGAGCAGCACUACCCUAUAUCUCCUGCUAGCAGGUGCAUGGAUUUGUCCUCAAACCAGCGGCGUCUCAGCCCCAGACCUUUAAAAAUUGAGGAGACAGAUGAUAUCGAGAAUCUCUCUGUGUCCCCUGGGCAAAAGGCUUAUGAACAGAGCAAACCUGAUGAAGAUGAAAACUCCCCUCUGAACAUGGCCCAGAAUAACACCACAGUGCCUGAUGAUGGCAGCUGUUCUGCAGAGGCUAAACACAACAGUAGUCCACUACUGUCCCCUACUGCAGAGAGAGAUGCCUCCUCAGAAAACGACGACAAAAUGUCUUUGGGUUUGGUGAGCCCUGCAAUGAGUUUCAGUGCUAAAGACUUUGAGAAUGACAUGGUGGUGGACUACAGUGAGAACUCCAGUCUGGCUGAUCCUGCUUCUCCCUGUCCUGGAGGUUCCAGCAGCCAAAGUAUGGAUGGAGACCGCCAAGGCCAAAAACGCUACCGUACCCAGAUGACCAACUUGCAGGUGAAAGUGCUCAAAGCAUGCUUCAAUGACUACAAGACCCCCACUAUGUUGGAGUGUGAGGCACUGGGUAAUGAGAUUGGACUUCCCAAGAGAGUGGUGCAAGUGUGGUUCCAGAAUGCACGUGCUAAGGAGAAAAAAGCCAAGCUUAGCCUGGCAAAACAAUUUGGUGGAGAAAGCUCCUCAACUGAGAGGCCAAGAAAAGAGUGUACGCUCUGUGGUGUCAGGUAUAGUGGCUGUCUCUCUGUUCGUGAUCACGUGUUCUCCUCUCAGCAUCUUGCAAAUGUCAAAGAGGCUCUUGGAGGCCAGAUGGAAAAGGAAAGAGAAUACUUGGACCCAGGCAUCGUUCGCCAGUUGAUGGUUCAGCAGGAAGUGGACCGGGUAAAGAAGGCCAGUGAGGUUCUGGGAGUGGCCCAGACUGUUCAGAGGCCAGGGGCUUUUGACCAGUUGGCCCCUGUGAACCCGUCAUCUGCAUAUUCUAGUCUCCAGUCAGUGGCCGCUGCAGGGUUACCAGGGAUUAGUUUCACCUCACAGAAAUCUGGUGCCAGUCAGGCUCCCUCCAAUGGAUUAACAAGAAGGAAUCCUGUAUCAUCUGCCACUUCCUUUGCUACCUCUGAUAAAGACCUAGCCCACACAGGCAGCUCUGUCUCCAGCCCAAAAGACACACAGCCAGACCUGAAGAUCCAACUUUCCAAAGAAAACCUCAGUGAGAGUAAAGAGAGGCUUAAAGAGAAGACUGAGCAGAUCCCUACAGGGAACGAUGCUCACCCAACCUCCGCCGGCACCAGUAAAGAGAAACCAGACACCUCUGCCACGGCAACACCUGCACCAAAAUCUAGCAAGGAGUUUGAAAUGGAUGUGGCCCAGCUCCAAGCCCUUCAAGCAGCCAUGGUGACAGACCCUACCAGCCUGCUCACCAAUCCCUUCCUGCCGUGUCUCAUGCCAGGAUUUCCUCCGUAUUUCCAGCCGCAGAUCCCUGGUGCUUUGCCUGGUGGGUUCUUGCAACCCAUGUAUGGAAUGGAGGGAGUGUUCCCGUAUGGUCCAGCACUGUCUCAGCCUGUUAUUGGUCUUUCACCAGGCUCCAUACUACAUCAGUACCAGCAAUAUCAGCACACCCUGCAGGGGGCACUUCAGCUACAGCAACAAAGACUUCAGCUCCAACAGAAGCAGCAGCAGCAACUACAGAAACCCAAAGCAAGUCAAACCCCUGUUCCACUUCACACCCAGGACAUGUCCAGCACCAAAGAACCUGUCCUGGAACUUGAGAAGACAGGAGCAUCCUCCAACAAGCACUCCACUGCUUCUUCACAACACUUAUCUUCUAAGCAGACACUUCCCUCUAAGCAGCCAGAUAUAGCUAAUUCCCUUUCCAGUCAGGACUGCCGUGAGAGGGGAGAGGGUGGUUGUUUGCAUGACUGCCUGGUCUGUGAGACCUCCUUCAGAGGGAAGGAAGAACUCAGCCGGCACCUGGAGUCCCCUGAGCACAAACACAGAGUGGCAGAGCGACAGAAUGCCAAAGAGCAUGCCAUUCCUCUAUUACCUCGCACCACAACUUGCAACCCUGCUCCCUAUGCCGUAUCUACCUCACAGUCCAACUCACCAAACAACCAGAUUACCCCUACAGUGACUUUGUCCAAAACUGCAGUGCUAGCAAGUUCUUUGUCCUCCUCAUCCUCCUCUUGCACUUCCACUCCAACAGAUGUUGCCCAACAGACUACAAAAAGCCACUCUCCUCAGACCCUGUCCCUGUCGAGAGCUUUACCUGGGGCAUCUGACCCCUCCUUUACCUCGGCCUCACCCUCCCCACAGUCUCUCUCACCCCUAGUGGUUACCUCAAGCUCCACUGGCCUUGCCGCAGCUCAUUCUCCAAUACCAACAGACCACGCUGAUGAUGACCAGAGGCCCGUGGAGGGACAGAGUAAGAUAAGCAUGAAGGAGGGGCAGGAGGGGAAGAGCGCCCCCAAAGACUGCUGUGGGUAUAGCAGCUACCUGUCCUUUCUAGGAACAGAUUCUGUGGGAUUGUAA